CUAGAUUGAUACUAGACUCGGUAUCAUUAGGACGAAUACUGCAAUAGAAAGGAUGAACUUGCCUGAUACUUGAAGUGAAUAUACAAUUAGCUUAAUCUUGGCUGUAGUAGCCCUUUAAUGUGAUACCUGUCGUUUUAUGUACUCACCACCAAUUUACCAGACAAAGAAGACUGUGGGGAGACAUUCAUUAUUUUUUCUCAAAGGUUGUCUUUAAACCUUUCUGUUCUUUUUUGAAGGACCUUGUUGGUUUUACAUUUUUGGCAGUAGUGGACUGAUAUACCGGACAGCAAAGUGGAUUUAACGGGACCGUCGCUGCAGUCCACCUUAUCUCCAAGAUGCUAUUGGUGUCUCCGCGGUUACUAGCCGACACACCUCGCAUGGAGCCCAUACUGUCUGGAUCACUGAAGAGGAGGCUGACUGUGACCGAGGGGGCCUACCAGGGAGGUUUACGGCAGGGCCAAGGGCCCAGUAACAUCCCCAAUCUUGUCCCCGGUUCAGGUCUGGGUCUGAAUGGUACCUCCUACGGUACCUCCAUGACCCAUGUUCCCGGGGCGCCCGCCAAGCGACUCCGCCUGGAGGAUGUGACCCUCGCCAUUGGUAGCAGCUUCCAGCAGAGUCCUUACUGUGGAGGACUGAGUUCUGGAGGUCAUGGAGGACCUGGAAGUCAGGGGUCACUGGAAGGUAACAGGCUGGGGAACGGUAACUCCGGCCUGGGGUCGCCUUACUCCAUGCCCCCUAAGGUGAGUCCAGGGUCUGGGAGUGGUGGUGGAGGAGGGGGAGGUGGAGGACAUUUUCACCCCAAUGGAAGCUCCUUGUCGGCCCCAUCGGUUGAGCAGGAGCUGCAAGAUAUUCUGGAUGAACUGACUAAGAACCCGGAUCCGUCGUUGACGGAGUUAGAUCUUGACAAGAUACUGGGGAGUAAAGAGGAACAGAAUCAGAAUCAAGGGCCUGGGCCAGGGUAUAUCCACCCACACUCGCCCAAACGCUCCCCCCAGAGACCCACCUCUCACCUGGAGAGCCACCUCACCCGUUCCCCAGGCUUCCCCCAGGCCGGGUCUCCCCAAGUAGGCCCGAGUCCAGCUGGAGCUCCCUACUCCAUCCCCCACCCCUCCAAACCGGUCCCCUCACCCCUCUCGGCCUCCCCUCAUCACUCCUCUUCCUCCUCUUCAUCCCAGAAUCAAGCUCGUUCUCCAAUGCUCUCAGCCGCCCUCUCGUCUCGACCCGGUUCCACGUGGCACGAAGUAUCGCGAGCCCAACAGCUCCAGCAAAUGGCGUCCAACUCCAACAAACACCAUUCCUCCAACACCCCUAUCCCACAGAACCAGUCCCAGAACCAGACCCAGGCCUCUAUGCCUCCUCUAUCCCAGCAAGGCUCACCCUGGGGUGGGCAGAAACUGCCCAACCUCCCCAACUCCUCCCCGCUCCACCAGCAACCAUUCAGCCCGGCUGGAAGCAUCCAGAGCCCUCAGGGAUCGCUGAGUCUCCCAUCCGCUGGUCCUUCACCACCCUACCACCCAGAGAAGCUAGGCAGUCCGGCUAUCACCCAACCCCCCUUCAGCCCACAAAGUACCCUCCUACCUGGAGGAACCACCACCACAUCCAGCACUUCAUCCAACAUCCAGGGGUCCCAGGCCAGCUACAUGCCCAGCGGAGGUGCACCGACACCGGGUGCCACAAGGCCCUCGCCCCCCUACAGGACGGACAAGCCCCAUGUUAGUCCGUUGCUUCAACCCCAGCCUCAACCUCAACCCCAGAACCAACCCCAAACCCAACAUCCACAUCCAUACAGCACCCAGAACGGGUCGGGACCCAACAACAAUAUGUCUAGCCAGCUCUACAAAGCCAUGACUGCAGGUCAACCCAGCAGCCUCAAGCUACUCAUGCAACAACAACAACAACAACAACAGCAACAGUCGAACACACAGCAGCUACAGACUAACGCCCAGCUGGGACAACACCCGUCCAUGUCCAAACCAGGCGGUGGUGGCGGUGUACCCCACCAAGAACCCCCAUACUCCUUCACUAACACCAAACCCCUUCGCCACUUUGAUCCCAACCCGGACCACCAAGGUGGACAGCAGCAGAAGAUGGGGGGAGGGGGACCGCCUGGACAAGGACCCCCCAACUCCAUGGCAGGUUAUCGGGGAAUGCAGCAUGGGGGUGCUGCCGGAACAGCAGCAUCUGUAGCAGCGAACCACGCCCAUUUACUACAGCAGAGGAUGCAGCAGAUGGCAGCGAUGCAACAGGCUGCAGCAGGAGCCUUGGGAGGGCCACAGCACUGUAGAGAGGAGCAGACCCCAGGUAUGGUCCCAGGUCUUCAGGACCCAUCGGUGCCCCGUCCAACCCAGACCAACUACAACAACCUGCUGCUCAUCAGGAGACACCUACAACAGCAGGAGCAGAAGAGGCAGAUGAACCAGAUGAACGGCGCACAGAUGGCUGAGUGCCAGCAGGGGGCACCAUUUACAGGUGGUGGUCGGCCUCUCUCUGCAGACUGUGGUGUUGGCUACCCCAUGGGUGGUCCCCAGCUAUCCCACGGUGGUCCCCUCCCAUCUGGGCCCGGCCGCCUCUCCCUUCCCCCAGGCCACCCAGGCCACCCCGGACCCCCAGGAUCUCUCACCCAAGUGGGCAGGCCGGUAGGCGCCUUCAUGGGUGGUCCUCCAGGCUCCAAGCAGCCCUUCUAUCACCCUUCACAGGGGGGCGAGUUUGUUGAUGCUGGUGGUAUGCCAAUGAGACAACCACAGUUGGCGCACGGCAUGAUGGGUAUGGGCGGUCCGGCUGGUCCUCCAAGGCCUGGGAUGCAGCAGCAGGUGUCCAGGACGGGGAUGACAAUCGUGGGGUCGGGGCCCGGGUCAGGGCCUGGGUCGGGGUUACCCCCUGGUCACCCCCAGCACCCACAGCAUCUACCACAGGCCCAUAGUGGUGGAGGGGCACCACUCCCACGUCUGAUGUUUACCGCUCAGCAAACACACCAACAACAACAACAACAACAACAACAACAACAGACUGCAAUGUGGCCUCCGCAGCAGCAGGGGGGACUAGUGAAUUCCAUGCAACAUCGCAUGCCCUGCAGCGACGGCCACAUGGACCCGUCUGCCAAUCACCAGCAGUCGCACGGACACAUAUUUCCUGGAGGGGGUGGGGGCACCAACGGAAGCUGCAACCUGAACCCCAACGGCCAGUUUACCCAGCAGGCAUUGCGGUCGGGGAUGCCCGGGGUUGGUAACAAUUUUGCCCCCCACCAAGGACCUCCAUCGUUACCCUCCAACCAAGGGGUCGGGGUGCCGUCCUUUCCCAGGAGACUGAUGCAGAAGCUGGGUGUGUCCACGGCAGGGCAGCCCCUACCCUCCAUGGUCCACCAGGGACUUCAGCCCGGUAUGAGGCCCAGGGGACCCCUCUCGGCCCUGGCUGGGAUGAAACCCGUUCCCCCUGGUAUGAUCCACCAUCCAGCCCACCCAGUCCACGGUAUGGCCCUACCUAGCUAUCCUGCCUCUGGGGCCGUCGUCACCAAACACCCCCAACCCCACCCACACCAACAUCCCCACCCCCAUGGGCCCGGGUAUGGACCAGGUCAGGGGAACCCUGGACACAAGCUACCCCCGUAUGAGUACACUCAGCAGGGGCAGAGUAAUGGGGGGAUGGGGGGUAGGCCUGGUGGUGGUGGAGGAGGGGAGGUAGACUUUAUUGACACUCUGGUGGGGUCAAACGAGGACUGGCUCAAUAACCUCACUAUGAUAGACGAGUACCUGGAGCAGAACUCAUAGGAGUGGGGUCAAAGGUUAAAUGUCAGGGGUCAGUAAGUUGACCUCAUUCCUGUAUAGAAGCGCUAGGGUUAAGGGUGUGAAAUGGACAGGGUAUAUAAAAGGCGUAUGAAGGCUUUAUAACUGGUAAUAACAGGUGUGUGUAUCUUUCUAGAAGGUUGUAGAAGGUGCCAUGGUUAUACCUAACUUGAGUGGACGGUUUGAGUGAAUGUGAUUGGAGCACUACACAGCCAACCCGCUGCUGCCGCAUAAACCAACCUUUGCCUCCCACCCCAAAAUGGCUACAUUCCCCGCAAGGUGUGCUGUCCCUUAUCGCCAGCGGCAAUAUUGGAAAGAGGGAAUGGCCAAAAUGGAACUCACGGAACACACAGAACCUCAUCAUCACGUGGUUACCUGGGAAACAGAAGCUUCACUCUAAAGCGCUAGCAACAGAGUAGUGGAGUCGCAUUCUCAUUGGUUGUUUCUGUGUCUGUAGCUUGAACAGUGGACUAAUAAAGUUGUUUGAAAUUUC